AUGGAAUUAUUAAGAGUAUUAAUAUUAAGUUUAAUGAUAUUUUUUUCUUAUGGAAAAAAACGUAAAAAACCAUUACGUUAUAUCGAUGAGAACGUCGAAGAUUACGACGCUGAUGUUUUUUGCAAAUCCCAAAGUCGUCUCAUAAAAAUGGAAAAAUAUGACGAAAUAAUAAUUGUGGAUACAUUUUUAGGGAAUUCUAUACUUUUAGAGUGUAAAUACUGUGAGGAGAGAGACAACGGUUUACCUAAAACAUGGAGUAGACAAAAACACAUUUUCACUGGAAAUUUAACUGAAGUUGAGCCAAGCAUGGAUAAUAAUCCAAAUGCAUCAUCGAUUAUAAUAACAAUUCAACAUUCUCUCGUUUUGAAAAAUUUAAGAGAAAAUGAUUUGGGAUUAUAUUUUUGUAAAGCUCCAUACAUAAGCACUCCAGAUAAAAGUUUUAAUUAUUUAGUCGAUUUCGUCGACAAAAGUGACAACGAUGUUUUAACGGAAUGGUCGGAAUGGUCCGAAUGCGAUUCUUGUUAUAGGAAAGAAGGUGUCAAAUACAGAUUAGGAAAAUGUCGAAUUAAAGUUUUUUUUAAAAAUUGCAAUUCAAGUUCUUCGUGUGCAAAUUAUUUAAAUUUACAACAAUUUGUAUUUAAUGACAGGCAAAACACAGAAAAACCGACGGAAAUGAAUGAAACGGAAAUUACGGAUUCUCUUUCGGUAAAAAAAAAUAUCGUCAAUUACGGUUUGGCAUUAUCGUGUAAAAGUUUUUUACUUAAAACGUUAAUCCCUUCGGUGUAUGCCAUAACAUAUUCUAUACCAAAUUUUUUAUUGAUUGAUAAAUGUAUCGGACCCUGUAACGGAAAAAUAGAAAGAAAAGGGCCCAGAUACAGGAAGUCUAUCAUAUUAGCAGCAGGAGCUCAUUUAACAUUAGUUUGUCCCGAUUCCACAAUCGAUUCUCAGGUACGAUGGGAGUAUAAUAAACUCGCAUUGCAUUCAAACGAAGGUUAUCAUUACAUACCUAAAACAGCUGAACCUCGAAUUUACGUUGAUUCAUUCAAUACUUUAUACAUAUACGAUAUAACAUCGCAAGAAUCGGGAAAUUAUACGUGUUUCGUAGACGAUUUAAGAAUGCAAGAAGUUAAAAUAAUUGUUAUGAAAAGAUCUGCAUUUUUUACAAAAGGAUUCGUAUUUAUUUUAUGUUUUUUUGCAUAUGCUUCUGGAAUAAUAAUAACAUGUGUCAAAACUCAAUCGGAAAAGAGUAAAAAUAGAAGAAAACUCAAAGAUACUAAAAAACUAUUACAGGAAAAAAUAGAUUACGAUUCUGAUUAUUCAUCAUAG